ACAGAAAUACCGUGGUUUGAGAGGAAAGUGUGGAUUCUAAGGUACAAAUCACAGUCCAGAUUUCCUAGCUUGUCCUGUGUGAACUUAAGUCAGGCUCAUUCUGAAUAGGAGUUUUCUUGCUCUCAGCUUGUCUUCUGCAAGCCAUGUGGCUCUACCUGGUGGCUCUAGUGGGCCUGUGGACCCUCCUGCGCUUGAUCAGGGAGAGGCAGGUGGUGAGCCAUCUCCAAGACAAGCAUGUCUUCAUCACAGGCUGUGACUCGGGCUUUGGGAACCUGCUGGCCAGACAGCUGGACAGGAGGGGCAUGAGGGUACUGGCUGCAUGUCUGACGGAGAAGGGAGCCGAGGAGCUGAGGAACAAGACAUCGGACAGGCUGGAGACAGUGAUCCUUGACGUCACCAAGACAGAGAGUAUUGUGGCAGCCACCCAGUGGGUGAAGGAGCGUGUUGGGAAGAGAGGACUCUGGGCCCUGGUCAACAAUGCUGGCAUCUCCAUCCCUUCGGGUCUCAAUGUGCUCCUGAAGAAAGAGCAUUUUGCAAAGAUCCUGGAUGUGAACCUGUUGGGCAUGAUCGAGGUGACUCUGAGCAUGCUGCCCUUAGUGAGGAAGGCAAAGGGCCGAGUGGUCAAUGUUUCCAGCAUCUUGGGUCGAUUGUGUUUGCUUGGCGGUGGUUAUUGUAUCUCCAAGUAUGGUGUAGAGGCCUUCUCAGACUCCAUCAGAUGGUUCUUCCAAUGGAAGACUGCACAUGUGGAUGGUGAAGGAUAUGUAGUGCAAACAGAACCGGCCUCAGCUCAAAUAUUCUUGAUUCACUAA